AUGCCCAUUUCUGGCUCCUCUGGGAGAUGCCCUGUUUGUUUGGGCUGGUUCCCUACAGGAGAUAUUGGUUUGGUCACGUGUAUUGGUUUGGUGGACAAUAUGUCAAGCUCUAACCAGAUGUGUUCUGAUGGCAAGUUUGGGAGAGGUCCUCGGGAGCUUAGUGGUGCUGUGGACUUAAUUAGUCGCUACAAGCUGCUGAAUCAUCAUAGUUUCUUUUGCAAGAAACCUUUGCCAUUGGCAAUUUCAGAUACAAAUUAUCUUAACAAUGUUGUGGGCGACACAGAAAUUCGUAAGGGGGAAGGGAUGGAGUUGGACCAACUCUUUCAGAACUCAUAUUCAAGUGAGAAGACUGCUUACAUUCAGCCAUUUGACAUGGAAAUACUAGGACAAGCAUUUCAGCUGCGAGAAACUGCACCAGUAGACUUGCCUUCUGCUGAAAAAGGUACACCAACCAUAUCUGGGAAGUCCAAGGUCAAGUCCAAGGGUAAAGUAAAGAAGCAUAAGAAACACAAAGAGAAAGAUAGAGACAAGGAGAAGGAGCAGAAGAAACACAAACAUCGGCAUAAAGAUCGGAGUAAGGAUAAAGAUAAAGAUAAGGACAAAGACAAAGAAAAGAAAAAGGACAAGAGUGGGAAUCAUGAUUCAGGAGGUGAUCAUUCCAAGAAACAUGAGAAGAAGAGAAAGCAAGAAGUAACUGGAAGUUCGGCAAAUGUCCAAAAUCACAAGAAAAAUGCAGUUAUCGCAGAUGGAAAAAAUAUUCAAUGCUACGCUGCUACAGAGGAAACAAGAUACCUGUACUGA